UACAAAUUUAUGUCGUAAGAUGGCAUUAUUUUAACCCUAAACACCCCCCACCAACCCACGAGUGGGGGCAUUUUGGUUUUCGUUAUUUUCUAUAACCCUCGAAUCGAUCGAUUUCAAAUCGGAUCCUUUCAAAUACAGGGUUUGGUAUAGCAGAUCUUCGGAGUCUUUCCGCGGACUAACAGAGGGCUGUUGCUGAGGCUUCACGAUUCGCUCCAGGCGAUUUCGUUUCUCAACUCAAGAUGUUCUGGCAUAUGACCGGUUUGUCCACUGUGUCUCCUGUAGAGACGAUUCUGGAUAAAGAAAACUUUACAUUAGAGGAGCUUCUUGAUGAGGAUGAAAUAAUUCAAGAAUGCAAAGGCCUUAAUAGCCGCCUUAUCAAUUUCUUGCGAGAAAGAACACAGGUUGAACAUCUUCUACAAUAUAUAGUAGAAGCAGCUCCCGAGGAUGCUGAAAAGACGCGAACUUUUAAGUUUCCUUUUAUUGCUUGUGAAAUUUUUACUUGUGAAGUCGAUAUCAUCCUUAAAGCAUUAGUAGAGGAUGAGGAGUUAAUGAACUUGUUGUUCUCCUUCUUGGAACUCAAACACUCUCAUAGCACAAUGCUGGCUGGUUACUUCAGCAAGGUUGUCAUAUGCCUGUUGUUGCGGAAGACAGUUCCUUUUAUGAAUUAUAUUCAAGCCCAUCAGGAAAUUAUCAGGAAAUUGGUUGAUCUUAUUGGAAUCACAUCCAUCAUGGAGGUAUUAAUUCGUUUGAUUGGUGCUGAUGAACAUAUGUAUUCCAACUUCACGGAUUCAAUGCAGUGGUUAGAGGACACAGAUGUGUUGGAGAUGAUUGUGGACAAAUUCAGCUCAUCAGAUUCUCCAGAAGUGCAUGCUAAUACAGCAGAAACACUUUGUGCUAUAACUCGAUGUGCUCCCCCAGGACUUGCUGCUAAAAUAUCCAGCCCAAGCUUUAUUGGAAGAUUAUUCCGUCAUGCUCUGGAGGAUUCCCGGCCAAAAUCUGUUUUGGUUAACUCAUUGUCUGUAUGCAUAUCUUUGUUAGACCCCAAGAGGCCAACCUUUGGAACCUAUUAUAUAUACGGCCGUCAACUGAGUUAUGGAUCUACGGUUGCAGCCAAUCCCGAGACGGUGGAGGGCAUGCUGGAGAGCACAGGUGACUUACUCACACUUUUGGAUGUUUCAUCUGAGGAAAGUGUGUUGCUAACUACAUAUGGAAAGUUGCAGCCACCUCUUGGUAAACAUCGUCUGAAGGUUAUAGAGUUCAUUUCAGUGUUGGUGACUGUUAGUAGUGAAGCUGCUGAGAGAAAAUUGAUCCAACUUGGAGCACUUAAAUGUAUUUUGGACUUGUUUUUUGCGUACCCAUACAAUAAUUUUUUGCAUCACCAUGUAGAACACAUAAUUGUAUCUUGCUUGGAGAGAAAAAAUGUUCAGCUUAUUGAACACCUUCUUCAUGACUGUAAUCUUGUUGGGAAAAUUCUUGAAGCAGAAAAGAAUUUCACAUUGGCCGCUAAUCCGAACAAGCCAACAGUCCCUGCUGAGGGGAGAUCCUCACCCAGGACAGGGAAUAUUGGACACAUAGCACGCAUAUCUAAUAAACUUAUUCAACUGGGGAACAACAACCGUGAUAUACAAGCACAUCUGCAGGAUAAGACUGAAUGGACAGAUUGGUAUACAGAUGUCCUACUCAAGCGCAAUGCAGUCGAGAAUGUUUAUCAGUGGGCAUGUGGGAGGCCAACAACACUACAUGAUCGGACUAGGGACAGUGAUGAUGAUGACUACCAAGAUAGAGAUUAUGAUGUUGCAGCUCUAGCAAAUAAUCUAAGCCAGGCUUUUCAAUAUGGCAUUUAUGGAAACGAUGAUAUCAGCGAGGCUCAUGGCUCACUUGAACGAGAUGAUGAGGAUGUCUACUUUGAUGAUGAAUCUGCUGAAGUUGUCAUAUCUUCUCUCCGCCUGGGAGAUGAACAGGAAAGUGGUUCUCUAUUUACAAAUUCCAACUGGUUUGCUUUUGGGGAUGACAAAAUGAUCGACGAGCGGUCAAGAGGCUUGGUUGCUUCCCCAUCACCUAAAACCGAGGGGACUGGUACUAUCCGUGGUGGUAGCAGUGAUGAUGUGAUUGUUGGUGAAGAUGAUGAUUUAGCUGACACUGCAACAACUCAAGUGCCUGAAGCAAAGCCAGGUUCAGAAGAUUCUGCAUAUGAUAAUUUGUCGGAGGACGCGAGAGAAACAGGAGCCAGUGGUAGUGAUGCACCAGCUGAAUGGGUUGAAUGGAGAGAAACAUCAGAUUCCAUUAAGCGGUCUGAUGCAGAUAUACUUCCAGUUUUACCAAACGGUGAGCUUCAAGUGGAAGUUGAAGAUCGGGCUGACGGUAUUGACCCAAAUGGAGCUGAUCCUUCUCCAUUGUCCACUGAUGCGUUGGUUGAUAAUAACAAAACUGAUGCCGGGGGACCACCAGAACCAACAGACAAGGGUUCGGGUUCAAAUCCUUCCCAACAUUCAGAAUCAGGAGAUAGAAAUUCAAACUGUGACAUAGGUACUUCUAAUGAGGUGUAGAAUUUUGUUGUAACAGAAGUCUCUUGUGGAGCUGCAGAACAUGACAAUGUUGCAAAUUUAAAUCUUCGAGGUCAGCUUAAUGGGGCGAACUCAAUACGAGCGCCAUUGAUCUGGAGGGAACAUAAUCUCUGGAACUGCAACAUUUGAUUGGCUGGCCUACAACUUAUUUAGAACCUUCUGUAUGAUAAUGGGGCUCUCUUGUCAAAUAGAGCUGAAGUGCUGAAGAUUCUUCUCUCCUCGGGUUAACCAAGUGCUCUGUCUCUCUGACGGCUGGUUCGCAUUUCAAGCUUCUCUUGUAAGUGAUUCUUCAGGUUGGGAGGUGAGACUGCUAUUUUUAAUUUCUUUUUUGGCCUCUCGUGCUAUGUGAAUCACAAAUUCGCAAAUUAUGUGCGCAUGCUGUGUAUUUUGAUAAGAUCCUGUUAAUAUUAUAUAUUGUUCCUUUUCCAUGGAUGUAAACUGUCUAUUACAGAAAUUUGUUUCCAAAAGAAUUACGGAGUACUUAAUAUUUUCAGUUGUUUCUUUCAAUAAAUGUUGACUGAUCGUUGCAGAUUUUGACGUCA